UUACAGCGUGAAACCAAUAAACUGCAGCAGUGAGCGCACAAGUAGGAAAAAAAAGGAGCAUCCGAGGACGGAGCAGCAAAAGAAGGCUUGGUGUGCUGCUAGAUGAAACCUCCAAGAAACACAAAUAAGGGAGUGGAGUUGAAACUUUCCUGGAGCAUCAAAAGAAGAGACGGCAGCAGAAAACAAUUAGUUUAAUAUCCUGUAGGGAGUACCCUGUCCAGGAGGUGGACCAAACAUGGUGCACGUCUACAACUGCCAUCCUUUCGCCUCACAGCAGAUCGUACAGGUGGAGCAGGAGCCUGGACUGGUCUGCUGUGGAGGUGGAGCUCUGUUUGUGGUCGCUACUGGAGGAUGCAAGGUGGAGGCGUACAGUGUGGAGGAGGAGGGCUGCCCUUUCAUCUGUCGCUUCGCCACCAUGGGCACUGUGAAGAGCAUCCAGCACAGCAAGAUGGGAGAUUACCUGGUGACUAUUGAGGAAAAGAACAGCGCCACCUACUUGAGAGCCUACACCAACUGGCGCCACCAGGCAGAGGGGAAGGCCCGUGUCGGGGUGCGUUUGUUGGGUCACCUGCUGCGUGGGGCGUCUGUGCGGGGCGGAGUGCAGAUGGAGAUCAUUGAGAUCCCUCUGUCAGAGCGUCCCGUCUCUGUGGCGUGCUGCUCGGUAACAGGAGACCUUCUGGUCGGCUGCGAGAACACUCUGGUUCUGUUUGCUUUGAGGAGACAGAACCAGCAGAAUCUGCAGGCUCAGAGUCAGCAGAUCCUUCAGAGCGCCUGGCCGAACUCUCAGCACAGCUCCAGUCAGACUCAAGGUCAGACCUCAAAUUCAAACCAGAAUUUCCUGGAUUUUGAACGCUCGGUUAUCCUGCAUCUUCCAAAAAUCAAGCCUAAACAGGUUGCGCUGUGUGGAGCGUAUGUAGCAGUGCAGGCGGAGCUGGAGGUGCUCGUUCUGAAACUGGAUGCAUCUUCUGAACCAAACACUCUGGAAGAAUCAUCGGAAACAAAGAAAAGUCUGGCAGCAGAUCAUCUAGAAGACCAGGCGGACUUCCUGGUCCUUCCCAGACACCAGGAGCUGCUCGGUGACCGAGCUAAAGACUGUGACAUCCCUGUCAGCAUUGAAAAGACUGGGCUGGAGGACAGAGGACAGUACACACUGUCAUAUGUUCUCUUCAGGCGUUUUACUCCAGACUUCUUCCAGGGCUGCAGUGUGGAGGAGACUCAGCUCCACUCCCUACAGCUCUACCCGCUGUUCACCAGUAACCAGUCAGUGUCUCUAGAAGAACCAGCAUGUGUGUUCUGCUUCUUCUCUCUCCCCACCGCCGGCUACCUAUACAGUCUGAAGGGUGGAGUUGAGCUUCUCUCAGCCUAUCAGUAUCCAGAGAAGGUCCUGAAGGCGGUGCUAACAGACCACCUUCUGCACGUCAUAACAAAGAGUGCAUUGCAGUGUUUCACAGUGCGCUGUGCCACAGUAGCAGCCAGGAUAGAAGACCCCUACAUCGAUACCACCAUGAAGGCCUGUCCCCCCUGCAGCCUAGAGGUGUGUGCGCUCAGGAUGCAGCUGUUCAUUGGUCUGCGCUCAGUGUGUGUCUACGGCCGCCAUGUUAUCCUGCUCUCCACUGCUGACGCAGAGACACCAGACGAACCCGAACGCACCUCACAACACAGAGGCCUCGAUUUGAAAGAUCACAACUUGCUGACUGGUAUUUUCCUGGCGGUGGGAAUCGAUCCCGCAACCACACCGGCUCUGGAGAGCCUUCUAUCACGCCCCUUCCUGAGCAGGAAGUGGACAAUCUCUUCUCCCAGAGAAACCAGCACAGCAGGACACGGGUGGAACCUCUAUGUGGUGGACACCGUCUCCCCCCUCACUCUUUACCAAGAGAUGGUUGAAUACAGCCAGCGGUAUGCAGAGACCAACCCACAGGGCCAAAGCCUUCAGCACCUUCUCAGCGAGGCUCACCUCCUCCUCCGUGCCUCCUUACUCCAAACAUCGGAGCAGCGACCAAACAUGGAGGGUGACCCUGCAGUGUCUCUGCAGACAAAUGCAGACAGACUGGCUGAGAAACAGACAACUGCACAGACAGACAGGCAAGAGCUGGAGGAGGCACUCAGGGAGAACUGUGCACUGCUGGGAGACUGUUUCAGCAGGGGCAGUCAGACGGACUGCCACCUGGCUUUGCCGUACUACAGGAUGUCUGGCCUGUCAGUCACAGAGAUCAUAGCCAGGAACCGCCCAUUUCCCAGCACCCCACACUCUUAUGGCUCUGGCUUCUUGUUCUACCUGAAGCAUUUCCUGUUGGAAGAAACCGAGCAGAUUCUCAGUCAGAAAGCAGCAGAUGAGGUCAUAGACAUUUUCAGCCAAUCAGAGCCCUCGCAGCUUGUCAGUGUGUGUGCCAGCCCAUCCAUGACAAACAUCAGUCCCGCACGGACGCUGCGAAUUCUGCAACGUCUGGAGGACUCUGCUGGCGUGUCGGUUCCCCUGACAGUCACCAUGGCAACCAUGAUGCUGAGUUUGGACGACCUGCCACAGUACACACAGCUGAUGGAAAGACAUGCGGAGAUGCUGCUGGUGUACGGGUUCAUCGAGGAGCCAAGGCUGUUGCUGCAUGGCGGAGGUGGAGGUCAGCAGACACCCGUCCGUCCCACAGUGCUGACACGCCAGUUGGCAAAGUCCCAACCAGGACUGCUGGUGGCUGCCAUGGUGGCUUUACAUGAAAACAACAAAGUUCAGCUGGAACAGGCAGAUCACAUAUUUAAGGAGCUGGGCUGUGGGAAUUGCUUACAGGUGGAUUUCUGGGAGGCCAUGCUCAUGGCCUCCUCACAGGAAGCUGUCAUCCAGGAACUUCUCUUUCGACUGGCGUCUGUCUACAUCGACCGACUGACCAACACAAACUCGGAUACACACCCCAGCGAAUCACACAUACCUUCAAGACGCAGGUCGCUGAAGAGCGCUGAUGAUCUGAUAAACUCGUGCUCCCAUUAUGGCGCUCUGUAUCCUUGGCUCACUGUUCUUAAUCCUGCUCACACUACGAGCUGCCAACACCAGGAGGCGCUGUACAAACUGCAGUCUCUCCUGUGUGGUCCGUCCCUGUCUGUGGUUUCCGUCGUGCCUCUGAUGGAGCGUCUGUCUGAGGAAACCUUAUGGGGCUUCAGCCUGCACCUCCUCUGUGCCACCAGAAGGGGGCAGUAUGAUAGCAGCAUUGAGAAGCUGCUGGAUCGCUGUCCUCAGGCCAUCAUCGCCUACGCCAACCACCAGUUACAAGACAAACAUAUGGUGUUGUGGUGGCAGAAGCUGCUUCCAGAGCUGUGUAACAGGACGAGAGCUGCCGGAGACAACAGCAUCCUAUUAGCUGCUCUCAAAGAGACGCUGGUGGUGGUUGCCAUGGAGACGAGUCCCACAGAGUUCCUGGAACUUAUACCUGACGAUGGCACAGCCUCAUACUUCCUGCCCCACCUUUUGACAUGUAGCCAGAGACACCUGCUAACCUGAGGCACACACACACACACACACAAUAGACUUCAGUAGCCAAGGACAAAUGUGUCACUCUGAUCCAAACUGAUGACAGGAACAACUGUCAAAUAUACUGCUGCAUAGGAGCAGUGAUUGCUCAAAAGACCUUCAACAGUAGCUUCUGAGGAUGAUUUAACUUGAAACACUGAAAAUAUUUCUAUGCUGUGACCUGUACCUUGUUUGUCCCCAGACAAUCAUGUACAUAUUUUUGCAUGUUUAUGAUGUCACAAAUACUCAACCAACAAGUAUAAUUAUCCACUGAGUCAUGCUGGUGAUGUGUCCCCUGGUGAUGCCAGAGUAGCUAUGAAUCAUAAAAAGUGGUUUUAGUUCCCCUGCAAGUGCAGGUUUAGAGAUGGGCACAAGUAAAUCAAAAAAUAUCUUGUAUAUGAAUUAUAGAUACUCAUCAAAUAUAUCAAAAUGAGAUACAAAAUGCAGGUGUGAGAAAAUGUUGUUGAUACAAGUAAUUUGAUUGAUUUCAAAUAAAAAAAAUACAUUUUGUACAAAUCAGUAAUAUCACAAUUUACACAUUUAGGAGCAUCAGUAUGGGUCUGACCUUAACCCCCUAUUGAAAAUAUGAUUUAUGGUGAUUUCCACAUCAUACAUUUAAAUUGGCAAUCAGUGAAUUUGGGGCUGCAUGCUGUCUUAUUGGAGAAUAAUGUUUUCAAAUAUAUGUGUUCAAAUUAUAUAAAACACACAUGAACAUGCAAAAUAAAAUAAAAUCAAUAAAAAUAAAAUAUAUUAGUAAGGAAACAACACCAGAACACUCAGCAAACAUAUUCAGUAAACAACAUCAGUAUUUUCCAUGUCUAAAAGGAGAUGAAGGAAGUGAAUACUUAUGGAAUCCUACUCCUUAUUAAAUGAAUUUAAAAAAUACAUUAAACAUGAAUAUUUACAUUUUCUGCCCUAGUUUUCACCAUGAAAACUAUGAAUCAAAUAAAACAUUAAAAACAAAACAAGAACAAAACAAGAACAGCUCAAUCUGUUCUCAUACACAAGCUCUGACAGUACUUUGUUUUGUUGUUUUUGUAUACAUUUAAUUGAAAUAGUGCCCAUCUCUGCCUGCGAGCUUCAAAGUCCAGUCCUGUAUUCCAAUAUUCUUUUUUCUCAGAUUUUUAGUUAUUUGUUUGCAUGUGGAUAUUACUUUGCAUAUCUGAAUUUGUUGUAAUGUGCUGUCAUUUUUGUGACAUUUUGAAGAUAAGUUUGUAUCUAAAUGAUGUCCAUACUGUACAUGGUGAUACAGACUUUAAUGUUUAGCUACAAUGAGGGUUUAUUUCUAUUUAUUACAGUUUAUAGUCCUAAAAUUAGUGCUGUUAUCCCUAAAACCAGGAAGUCUGUUUAAAGCACUGAAGAGCAGCAGGGUAAACUACAUAAAUUAUGCAGCAAAUGUCUGAUAGCAGUCAGCGUUGCUGUUUCACUGAUAUUGCUGCCAGCCGGGUGAAAACCUUAUAUAUUUGUAAUCUGAACUUGUUUGUCACUCAAGUAGCAAGUCCUUUGUAUUUUUCCAAAAGAUACUGUUUUUCUAAUCAGCUAGUCAAUCAAAAAUAUUUUGUUGUUACCGUAUAUCACUCACAACUUCCUGCUUCGUAUAACUUUUUAUGUUUUUUAUUCAAAGUGUUCCUCCCUGUGAGAUAAAAUCUGAGAACUGUUGACUCCAGCCUUUCAAACCCUGCCUAGUUUACAUGGCGCUCAUGUAAGUUAGUGAAGAAGGGAUAUAAAGUUUCUUGCAGUUUGAGCUUGACUGCAUGAAGUCAAAGGUU